GCUUUACUCUCAUUCAUUAACUCGAGUAGAAGUUUACUGGCAGCUGUGCUUCGCGGCGGGUGUCGUUGGGAUCUCAGUGUUCAGAGAUGUCUGCGGUUAUUAGGAAGAUCAUUCACACUGCAGCUGCUCCAGCCGCCAUCGGGCCCUACAGCCAGGCUGUUUUGGUGGACCGUACAAUGUACAUCUCAGGACAGAUCGGCAUGGACGUUGGUGGACAGUUGGUGGCAGGAGGAGUGCAGGCUCAGGCCAAGCAGGCACUCAUUAAUAUGGGGGAGAUUCUGAAAGCUGCUGGAUGUGGAUAUGAAAAUGUUGUCAAAACCACAGUGUUGUUGGCAGACAUUAAUGACUUCAAUAAUGUCAAUGAUGUUUACAAGCAGUUUUUCAAGAGCAAUUUCCCAGCUAGAGCUGCCUAUCAAGUAGCUGCCCUGCCCAGAGGGGGACUUGUUGAGAUCGAAGCGAUCGCUGUGUUGGGGCCCAUCACGGAUGCCUCCUGACUAUAUGAACCCAGCAUGAAUCAUAAAUUGUAAAUACAGUUAUACGGAGACAAACCACAUCCCAGAUUACAAAAUCAAUCAGACAUUUAACCUCCCAUUAAACUGAUAACAGGGAAGUCACCAAGUCUUCCAUGUUGCUAAUAUAAACAUGCUAUUGAGAGUUUCCAAUUUACGGUUGAUCAUCAUUAUAUAUUCUGUAAUAGCAACAAUUCAAAACCCAGUUCAAUUCAGCUUUAUUUUUAAACUUGUCAUUAUCACAUUAAAUCAAACCACAACACAAAAACAACAUUACUUGCAUUUGUUGAGUUCAAUCGGUCAUGUUUGUUGCAGGAAAACAUUAGCAUACAAUAAAUAAAACCAAAAGGCCUGUUUUU